AUCGGCCCUGAUCCCUGCAACUUUGUACUUGCUCUCCUGUGCUAUAUGAUCCCAAGCUGAUGAAGGCCACAGUAUUCUCUAACAUUGCAGUGCCUCUGCAGGUCCUCCUCGGGGUUGGUCUGGCCUUCCUCUGUUUCUGCCUGAUGCUCGGCUGUGCCCUCUGCUGGCGGAAAAGGAAACAUCGGAGCACCACCAACGGCAAGGACCCAGCCUCUGAGAGGAUCGUCAUGGACCCCAGCUUGCCUCUGCCAGGGAGCGCCAGUACGCCCAUCAAGCAGCAGUACGAGGAGGUGCGCGACUUAGUGUUGGAGUACCCGCCGGGCGCUGUGGGCCCUCUGCCAGACCCGGAGCCUGACUUCGGCUACAGGCACGGUCCCCACGGCAGAGCGUCGCUGCCCUUCAUCCCCGCUGUGCAGAAAGCCAGCCUAACCAGCAGAACCAAGAGGAUCCUCGAGAGGCGCUGCACUGUCUCGGGCGACUGCUCUGUCUACAACCAGUGCGGCGUCUACCCGACCCCGUGCAUCAUGCCCGCAGGCCCCGGCCUGGGCCAUUCCCUCACCACGACCGACGACCUGGCAGGUGCCAAGUCAAAGCCAAGGCCGACCCUACACUUCACACUCUUCUACUCGGCCUACGAGGUCACCCUGACGGUGAGCGUCCUGCGUGUCUCCAACCUGCCCAAGAAAUUCGGCACCGGCUGUGACUCCUAUGUGAGGGUCUACCUGCUGCCUAGGUUCAUGGAGCCACAGCAAACCAGCGUCCGCAGGAAGAGCCUGAACCCCGAGUUCCGGGAGAGCUUUCACUUCUCCGGCUACACACUCGAGGAGAUAAAGUGCUUCACCCUCCGCUUUGCCACCUACGUCAAGGAGUUCCACAAUUUGAAGGACACUUUCGUUGGCGAGGUGCUGUUCGCCUGCGAGCAGGGAGACUGGCAGCCGGAUUCACCCUCAGCUUAUACACGGGAGCUCACCACCACAAAGACAAAGCUCAAAAAGUGUCUCAGCUCCCAGGAUGUGGUGAGUCCCUCUAGCAGCACGGGACAAACCAAAUUGUUGGGCCAGCUCUUCAUCCUGCUUCAGUAUCAGACCCUAGCUAACCGGAUCAAGGUCAUGGUUCGAAAGGCUGAGUCUUUGGCCAGGCUGACCCGCAUGCCAGGAUCACCAGAUCAUUAUGUCAUUAUAAAUCUCUACCAAGAUGGUAAGGUACUUUCAACCAAGGAAACCAAGACAUCAAGCGGCUAUAACCCCGUGUGGAAUGCACCAUUUCUGUUUGACGUACCUUCAGGAGAUAUUGAAAGCCUACAGCUCUCUCUGGAGUUUAUAGUCAUGCAGAGUCGCAUUUACACCCGAAGUGGAGUUCUCGGCCGCGUGGUGAUUGGGUCAAAUGCUUCAGAGACGGGAAGAACGCAUUGGAGGGAGAUGUCGAGUCGGGGGCACGUGGAAUCUGCCAGGUGGCAUACCAUACAGCCAGACACUUUCUAGACCACCCUCACACACACAUCUGUUCUGUCACCCCUACCACUGUCCCUUAACUGUUCGAUGAAAUGUAAUAAUAUGUACGAAAAUCCCAAUGUCCAUUAGGAGCUUGGUGUUGCCGGAGCACAGUCAGUGGUUCCAGAUAUUACACGCUCAUUUCAAGGCCGCCAUUUUUUUCACAGAUGGCCUGUUGCUAAGGGAUACGUGAUAAGUUGAGGCAGUUUCAGUGUUGAUCUGAGAGAUUCUCAGUCUGUAGUGUGAGCCCAUUGACCUCGAGGUACACUUCGCCUGUCCUACACUGGGACAAAGGAAAACUGAGAACUGCUUAAAAAAACUUUCUUUAAAAAAUAAUGUGAAAUAUAUAUUCCUCCUGCAGGAAAGCCGCAACAACAACACAAACUGAUUCAACUUAUUAAAAUAUUUCAAGGAGCUUAAUAUGCAAGUGUUAUCAACCCAUAUUGACACCAAAUCACAACUGGAGAUAUCAAGCCAGAUACAAGGAGAUAGGUUUUUGGGAGCAUCCUAAAGGGGAAAAAAAAACCAAGUUGGAGAGGUUUAGGGAGGGAAAUUCUACAGUUUGGAAUUUGUGUAGCUCAAGGCCUGGUGAGACAAUAAAAAAUGAGGGGUUUUGAAAGUAAUGGAGGAGCAUUAUUAUUGUCACAUAUACCUAGGUACAGUGAAAAGUUUUGUUUUGCCUGCGGUGCAGGCAGAUCAUAACAUACAAAGAUCAAAGGGUGAUUGGACAGAGCAAGGAAUACAAAGUUACAGUUGCACGAAAAGUAAGAUCAGCAUUAGCAGGAAAGAAGCUGUUCAUGAACCUGGUGGUAUGUGUGUUUAAGCUCUUGUAUCUUCUGCCUGAUGGAAGAGGGUAGAAGAGAUUAUAAGGAAAGGCCAGUGGUAAGGAUGUCUGCAGAGAACCUGCAGAGGGAUAUAGACAAGUUAUACAAGUGGCCGAAAACUAGGAUGGAAUAUAACAUAAGAAAAUGUGAGGUUAUGCACUUUGGCAGCAAGAAUAGAAAUGCUGUCUAUUAUUUAAUUGAAGACAAACUGCAGUAAGUUGCAGCACAGAGGGAUAUUGGGAGUCCUUGUGCAUAAAUACCAAAAAGCCAGCAUUGAAGUUCAAAGGGUAAUAGGGCAGUUUGUAUGUUGGCCUUAAUUUCGAAAGGAAUGGAAUGUAAAAUUAGGGAAGAUCUGCUAACCCUAUACAAAGCACUAGCUAGACCACACCUUUGUUUAUCUCGGGGAAGACGUAUUGGCAUUAGAGGCAGUCGAGAGAAAAUUCACGAGUUGGAUCCUGGGUCUAGAGGGAUUUUGUUAUGACGAGAGGCUGAGCCUGCAUUCACUAGAAUUUAGAAAAAUGAGAGCCAACCUUAUUGAAAUGUACAAGAUUCUUAUGGGACUUGCCAGGGUGGAUGCAGAAAGAUUAACUCCCCUGUGGGAGAGUCUAGAACUAGAACACAUCAUCUCAGGAUGAGGGCUGCUCCCGUUAGGACAGAGAUGAGGAGGAAUUUCUUCUAGCCAUGGAUAGGGAAUCUGUCCCAUUCUUUAUCACAGGGGGCUGUCGAGGCCAUGUCUUUAAGUAUGUUCGAGGCUGUGUUUGACAGAUUUUUAGUCAGGAAGGGUAUCGAGGGUUAUAAGAAAAAGGCAGGAAAGUUGAAUUGAGGAUUAUCAGAUCAGGCAUGGUCUCACUGGAUGGUGGAGCAGACUCAUCAGGCUGAAUGGCCUGCUUCUGCUCCUACAUCUUUAGGGUUCUGUUUUAGACUUGGAGGAGAUUAGAGAGACAGUGUUGGGAUUAGGAGUCAAAAAGCCACAGAGGAAUUUGAAAACGAAAGUAAUAUGAGGAAUGGUCGAGAACUUUGGGUCUGUACUUGAUGGAGUUUAGAAGGAUGGGGGGAGGUGGGAGGGAGACCUCAUUGAACUUUACAGAGUAGAGAGAACUGGAUAAAUAGGACGUGGAGAAGAUGUUUCCACUAGUAGGAAGGACUAGGAUCUGAGGGCACAGCCUCAGAGUGAAGGGGUGACCCUCUAGAACUGAG